AUGGCACUGGUUAAGGAGAUCCUUACUAACAAUGGCUUUCCAACACAGUUAAUAGACAACCAGGUAAAAAAACGGCUCAACCAAAUAAGACACGGAAUCAAGCUACCGAAAGACAAAGAAAUUAAGAAAUUUGACGCAAGAUUAUAUAUGACACUACCAUACAUUAAAGGUUCAAGUGAGAACAUCGCCCACAAACUAAAAAAGUGCGGCCUCAAUACUGUCUACACAAUCCCUAAGAAACUUAACACUACCAUAACGAAAGGAAAAGACAGAUUAGCCGACGAAAAAAGAACUGAUAUAGUUUAUAGGAUCCUCUGUGAGAAUUGUAACGCGAGCUACAUAGGACAAACCAAACGACAUUUGGCAACUCGUAUAAAAGAACAUUUCAACGACAUAAAAAAAGACGUAGAUAAUCACUCUGUGGUAACUAAACAUCGCACUAAUCAUGGCCAUGAUUUUCAUUGGCAAUCUCCUAAAAUCUUACACA